CCCCCCGCCCCAGGCGCGGCCCCGGCACCUGCUGCGGCGGCGGCUCCGGCCAUGGGCGCGCUCCCGCGGUCCGCGCUGGCGCUGGCGGCGCUGCUCGGUGUCUCCUCAGCUGUGCUGGAGGUGCACGUGGGAACGGGCUCGGUGUUCUCCGUGGAAGGGCAGCAGGUAGUGCUGCCUGCCUGGUACACCAGCCAUUCCCAGAGGAAGCCCUAUGUCACCUGGCUGCUGGAUAAGGAACAUGCUGAUCCCUUCCAGAUCCUGACCUACCUGGAUGGGGUGGUGAAGGUGGAGGAGACGGAGCUGAAGCCCCGCGUGGGGUUCCUGUACCCCGUCCUCAGCCACAACAUCUCGGUGUUCAUCAACGCCACCCGGGAGCGCGACUCGGGCCAGUACAUGUGCACGGUCAACGUGGUGGAUGAGGCCUCCAGCAUGGGCAAGAACAUCGGUGUCAUCAACCUCACCGUGCUGGUGCCGCCGGCCACCCCAUCCUGCCAACUGCACGGGGAGCCCACGGUGGGAGCCAACGUGACGCUGAGCUGCAGCUCCAGGAAGGGGAAGCCCUCGCCCGUGUACCAGUGGCAGCGCACGGCACCCACCCUGCAGGUCUUCUUCCCCCCAGCACAGGACUGGCACAGGGGCACCCUCAAGCUGACCAACCUCUCCCUGGACAUGUCUGGGAUCUACGUCUGCACGGCCGAAAACCAAGCGGGUUCGGCCGAGUGCCACAUCGUCCUGGAGGUGCACUCAACUAGCACCAAGGCCGUCAUCGCUGGUGCCGUGCUGGGCUCCCUGGGUGCGCUCGCCACCGUCGUCUUCUUCGCCCGACGGGUCGUGGGAUACCGCAGGAAGAAACGGGAUGGGCAGGAGGAGGCAGCCAAUGAGAUCAAGGAAGAUGCGGUGGCCCCCAAGACCCCAUCAUGGGCGCGGAGGCCAGCCCCAGACACCCUCUCCAAAACCAGCACCUUGUCCUCCAUCGCUGGGCGCCGGGACAGACCCUAUGGAGCGAACCCCCCUUCAGACACCGCCUCCAUCCUCACGGCCACUGGCAGCUACCGGGGCCCCCCAGCGCGGGCAGGGGGGCGCCCCCCAGGCCUUUCACCCCACGCCCUGAAUGGGGCCCCCCAGCGCCGCCAAGAUCCCACCCCCAUUCCCUCGGGAUCACUGCCCACUUCCAGCUUGACACGGGCGGGUGCUGUGCCCGUCAUGGUGCCAGCGCAGAGCCGAGCCGGCUCCUUGGUCUGACCCCCCCCACCCCAUAAAAUGGGGUGUCCAGCCAGCACCCCCACCCCCAUUUUUGGGGGUAUUUUCUCCCUU